ACUGCGGAGCCACUGGCCAGUGCGGCUGUGUCCCGGCAAGCAGGAGAUGGAGUGAGCCCCAGAGUCACCUUCAGAGCACGGUCCCAGGCAGUGGCGGCCAUGCCGGUCCUUAAGAACCCCUACAAAUUGAAGAUGGCCAAGACCAACAGGGCGCCAGGCGGCACUGGGGAGCUGAUCCUGGCCCAGGAGAGCAGCACCAACCCCUUCGAGGAGGACUUGGAGGAGAACUCGGGGGACUCCAUCCUGGGGGACCAGAACCCCUUCCUGGAGGAGGCAGAGGAGCAGGGCGGUGGCUUUGAACGCAACCUCUUCAAUGGCAGCCUGGACCGGCGCCGGGCAACACUAGAGAGGCUGGUGGGCCUUUCCCCCUUCCGGCUGGGCAAAGGCAAGAAAGGGGCGGGCAAGGAGAAGGCUCCCGCCGGGGACAAGGGGCCUGACCGGCGCUCCUUCCUGGGCCGCCUGCUGGAGGGGGAGCUGGGCCCCGGGGCCCCGGAGAAGCGGAAGGCGCGGCGCAGCUCCGAGGACUUCAGCCUCCUGCAGCGCUUGAACGGACGGCGCAAGGACAGCCCGGGCGGGCCGGAGAGCUGCCCGGCCGAGCGCGAGGGCGCCCCUGAUGCCGGGAAGCGCAUGACCUUCCUCAAGCUGGGCCUGGGGGGCCGGGCGCACCGGGCCUCGCUGGUGGACAAGACCAGCCCCCCCGAGGCCCCGGAGCCGGCGCGCGCCGCCCAGGAGGUGGAGACCGCCGCCAAGGCCCAGGAGCCUCUGUCAGUGCUGGAGAUCCUGAACCUGAUCCAGCAGCGGGACCUGCUGGCAGCAGACAAGCACAUCAUCGAGCUGGAGGCGGAGUGCGGGCGGGAGGGCCCCCCGAGCGGCGAGGCCGGGGAGGGGGCCAAGGCCGGCAGCCGCAAGGCCAAGGACGUGGCGCUGCUCUACGAGGCCCUGCUGCAGCAGCUGUGGGCCAUGCUGGCCGAGGCCCUGGCGGCCCGGGGCACCUACCCGUCCCUGGAGCUGGUGGUGCGGGUGAUCGAGCAGGAGGAGGCUGCGGACCGGCGGUGUCCGGAGGCGCAGGGGGGCGGCCCCGGGCCCCGGCCCCGGGCCAUGCGCCGCAGGUGGGCCGAGGCGGUGAAGCGGGCGGUGGGCGAGCGGCUGGGCCAGUGCGCCGAGGACAGUGGCGGCCCCCUGGCGGGGCACGUGGAGCGCCUGACCCGCUGCCUGGUGGAGGACCUGAGCGCCUUCAGGAGCCACCUGCUGCCGGCGUAUCCCCCCGAGUACCAGGCCCUGGGCGUCUACGCCCGCAGCUACCAUGAGGGGCUGGCCCAGCUGCUGGGCAGCAUCGCCCAGAGGAGCCUGUCCAUCGCCGAGCUCUACUUCCUCUUGGACUGGCACAGCAACACCUACCCCAGGGCGGUGCUGGGGCGGCUGGACAUUGCCCCGCUGCUCAGCGCCCACGAGCAAGAGCCCUUGCUGCCCCCCGAGACCCAGCGCCGCUUGGAGGAGGCCUGCGCCACAGCAGUGAAGACCAAGAUUGCAGCGGACAUGAGCCGGGAGCUGCGGGAGGAGGAGCAGCGCUGGGCACAGGAGCCUGGACGGGACCACGGCCACCUGGAGCUGUCCAGCCGGGUGAUCUCGGUACUGAAGGCCCAUGUGGACAGAGCCCCCCAGAUCACACCGGAGUUUGGGGAGCAGAUAGUACUUUGCUGCCUGGCUGGUCUGGCCGAGUUCCUGCAGAGCUUUCAGAGCAAGGUGGAGCAGUUCCACCAGAGGCUAGGCGAGAGCGGCCCCCCAGCCGACAGCUAUGUGGGCAGGACCAUCACACUCGUCAACUGCUGCCCCCCCUUCAGGGAGUACGUGGAGAAGCUGGUGCAGUUUGGCCACCCGGAGAGCAAUGUCCCCCGGCGCCAGGCCAAUGCCGCCCUGGACAAAGUGACCCGUCUCUGCAACCGUGUCCUGGCCCAGCAGCUCUUCGAGGAGCUCCGGCCCUACUUCCACAAGCUGAUGAAGAGGAAGUGGCUGACCAGCUCGGAGAGCUUCGACGCCAUCGUCGUGCUGCUCACGGACUACGCCCAGAAGCUGCGGACGAUGCAGCCGGAGCCGUACAAGGCGCUGGUGAACGAGGUGCACCGGCGGGUGCUGGUCGAGUACGUCCGGCCCCUACUGCAGGUCCGGCUCGUCUGCAGCUCGAACAAGAUGAGAGGCAAGGUGGCGGCCCGGCUGGAGGACGAAGGCCGCCAGCUGCAGGAGCUCUUCGGCCAGCUGAAGUCGACCUCAUCUUGGCUGAAUGCAGCGGUGCCUCAUCUGGCCGAGAUCCUGAGGCUGGAGGACACGCCCUCUAUCCAGAUGGAGGUGGGGGUGCUGGUGCGGGACUUCCCUGACGUCCGGAGGAAGCAUGUGGCAGCCCUGCUGGACGUGCGGGGCCUGCGGGGCCAGGCGCAGCGCCAGGAGAUCUUGGCUGUGGUGAAGGACCUGGAGCUGAGCGAGGGCGAGGCUCCGCUGUGCCGGGAGCGGGCCUUCUUCUCGGACAUCCCUGCCACCCGUGAGGUGCGCUGCUUCGCCAGGGCCCUGCCACGCCUGUCGCCCGCACACCUGCCCUGCCUGGGCCGGCUGCCCUGGGGGUGCCUGGGCCCUGAGCCUGACGCGUGCCAGCCACAGACCAGUGAGCACAAGGCGGAGACCUAGGUGUGAGCUGAGCCCCUCCAGCAGAACCCAGCCCCCGAGCCGCACCAGGCCAGGUGCCUUGAGCCAGCGGGCAGGUCCCUGCAUCCUGCUGGCCCAAGGCCAUGCCACCCAGCCUGCACCCAAAGACACCGGGCCUCAGUCCCAGCAGCCUGGUGGGUGAGGCCAGGACACAGGCAUCCAGCCCUGCUGCCUGUGAGCCCCCCUCAGGCCCCAAUGCUUCGGUCCUGAACUCACCCUGGUGCCCAGCUUGGUGCCCAGCGCUGCCCUGAGCAAGGAGUUUGGAAUGUUCAUUUAUGGCAGCCCUCCCCAGAUAUGCACCCUGGCCCCGCGCAUGGCGCUGCAGCUGGUGGGGCAAGGCCAGACCUGUGGGUGGGACAUGCUGGGGGGGUGUUUGACCCUUUGUGCCCCUUGGCCACCUUCCCCUGGGGCUGGCAGCCCGCUGCCCCUCAAGCUGCCCUGCUCCCCUUCGGCUGCCUACCUCCCAGUGCCCACCAGCAGGGUAACGCCAUACCCCCCAGGCUCCUCCUGGCUGUGACUUGCCAUCCCCCCAAAGGAGCCAGCCAGCCACCUCUGACCCCCUGAGCGCUGGGCAGCAGUUGCAACUGGGUCUAUGCCAGAGCCCUGGGCGCUGGAGCCAGUUGUGGUGCCCACCCCUAUGCCCCCCAGCAGAGUCCCAAGGCAGGAAGGGUGCUCAUUUCACCUGGGGGGCCCUCCACACAGCUCCCCCCCCCCCCGGGCUGCCCAGUCAUGCGGUCUGGCUCGCCUGGGGUUCGAGUUCAGUCUGUAAUUGUAUGAUAAG